AUGGUCGCCUUCUUUGAUUCCAUCUCCGAAGAUCUUAAACUCUGGCUCCUCUCCCAGCCCGUCUUCUUCGUCGCAUCUGCCCCCUCCAUCGCUGCCCACAUCAAUCUCUCCCCAAAGGGUCUCCCAUCGGCCUCUCUCGCCGUCCUCUCCCCAAACCAUGUAGCCUAUCUCGAUGCCAAUGGCUCGGGCAACGAGUCAAUCAGCCACAUCCGUGAAAAUGGCCGCAUGACCAUCAUGUUCUGCUCCUUCGAUUCCGCCCCCCGCAUCCUCCGUCUCUUCUGCUCAGGCACCGUAAUCGAAUGGGAUCACCCCAAAUUCCACCCAAUGCUAGACCGCAUGAAACCCCACGUCACGCACUACAACACGGACAAUUUCCCCGGAACAAGGGCAAUCAUCGACCUGCACGUCUUCCAGGUCCAAACCUCCUGCGGCUAUGGCGUUCCCCGUCUCGCCCUCUCCACCGACCCUGACUCAAAUACCCCCAAACCAUGUCUCCGCGACAGAGACACCAUGGCCCGCUGGACCGCUAACAAGAUCGCUUCCAACAAGCUGCACGCCUGGCAGGCUGACAUGAACGCAGACAGCAUCGAUGGCUUACCCGGUCUGAAAGUCGCCAUGCGUGAUCGGGCCAACGGGAAUUCGAUCCAGAUGUUGCUCGUCGAUCUGCGUAUCUGGCUCUGUAGAUAUCGGAGAGCCACCGAGUUGGUGGCUGUCAUGUUGUUUUCCGUUAUAACUACCGCUGUUUUGUUGAAGGGUUUAUCGCUGUAG